CCAAGAGAUCUGCUAGUAAGCGCGGGCGCGGCGUUUUCCUCCGGUCGGCUUAUGAGCCUCAAGUCGUGUAGUUGUGUACGUGUUGGCUUCGAUUAACUAGAUGGCGCUGCACGAAACGCCGAUCACUAUGCAGGCCGUCUUGCGAGAGAUUGCUGGGCCAGGAAUUGCACCACGAGCUGAACCAGAGGAAGACGAUUUCGACGAAGUGGAUGACUUUGAAGAUGCCAGCGAAGAACUGUCCGAGGUCCCACCCAGUGUGGACCUGCAUACUGCUUUGGAGGAUUGCGAAAGAGCCAUGACACUAUUCUUCAACAAUCAAAUCGAUGAAGCCAUCGCUAUUAUGACCCCGUGGAAAGAAACUUCUCUUUACCACGCGCACGGCGCAGCUAUAUUCGAGUUCAUCCCAGCUGUGCUGACUUUAGAACCGGCACAGAUUCAAAGCGCGCACGCUGCUCUGCGUCACACUUUCACGCUGUGUGAUCGCAUGCGCAGAAAUUAUAGCUUCGUACAAUCCAUCGGCGCCAUUAUUAAGAAGCCUAACUAUGGCGGUUACUCUGAGGAAGAGGCACACGCAGAACUUGUUCACGCGGAGUCUCUUUUGCUGCUGGCCUGUCUUGGCAGUCUCGAAGGAGAGGAAAUGACGGGCUUCGUUCGUGCUUCACUGCGGAUUAAGACCGCUUUCAACGCCUACAGAAACUGCGCCAAGAUUUUGGAAAAGAAGUCUUGGGAAAGCGAAGAAUCCCACAAUCACUUUGAAAGCGGAGUUCGUCUUGGACUCGCCACUUUCAACGUGAUGAUUGCAUUACUACCACCAAAGGUCAUAACCCUGCUCGAGUUUGUUGGAUUCACUGCUGAUAAGGAGAAAGGUAAAAAAGAAUUGAUUACCGGUGCGAAGUCGCCUGGCCUUCGAUCCGUUCUCUGUGAACUGACGCUGCUCGUGUACUUCUUGAUUAUUGGCCACUUCGCCGCUAUACCUCCUGACUUCAUUAUGGCCGAACAGUUGAUAAAUAAUGGCCUCAGACGAUACCCGAAUAGUCUAUGGUUCAUAAUGUUCAAAGCACGAAUGCAAAUGUUAAGUGGUAUGAUCGAAGAAGCUGUCGACACAUAUCAAACGGCGUCCCAAACAACAGACAUGUGGCCACAACUUAAACAUCUCACGUACUGGGAAAUGAUAUGGGCGUUCGCAAUGAUGAUGAAAUGGUCACAAGCUGCAUUUUACGCUUCAAAAUUAGCCCGGGACAGCAAAUGGUCGAAAACUAUAUACAUGUACACUCAGGCCGCAAUGAAUCUUGAAAGAGGACACCUGAUCAGUCUCGAGGAACGCAAGCACAAUGCCGAUCUUCUUCUGAAUGCAUCGUGUUAUAGACAGCGGUUGUUGGGGCGAUCUCUGCCAAUGGAAAAAUUCGUGAUUCGGCGCUGCGAACGGUGGGCUCGACGUGGAUACCUGGUGCUUCCCGGCGUAGAGAUGGUAUGUUUGUGGAAUAUGUUUCCAUCUCUAGCCGCCGAGCCCCACUUCGCCGACCGCAUGCUAAAGCUAAUCGAACAAACAAAUGACGAAAUCCACAACGUCAUGCACUCACGAUACGGUAUAGAUUCGGAGCGUCGGCACACGCCAGCGUAUGACUUCGACGAUGUAGCACUGGUUCGUUUCCUGCAGGGCAGCCUGCUUGGUGCAAUGUCGUUACCACGACUUGCAAUCCGACACCUGGAAGCGGUGCUCACAAUGAAAGACAAAAUAAAGGAGAAUACAUUUUUGCUUCCGUACGCCACGGUAGAGAUCGCCAUGUCAUACUACGCUUUAGGAGAUUCAGAUCGAGCUCAAGAGUUAUUAUGUGACGCAAGAAAAAAAUACUCUGGUUACUUACUGGAAUCGCGUCUACAUUUCCGGAUCCAUUCGAAACUAGAAUUAAUUCACGCGGGAGAAGAGAACACCGUGAUCACGGGUACGACAGCAAGUGCGGUCGCCUUGGCCAGCGUGAACGUGAUCGCAACCGCAAGCACCAGUGCGGUUGCGAGCUCUAGUGCAAUAUCGACUGCGAACACAAGCCGUGAUCGGAGCGCACAGAACACAUGAUACCGGCCACAGGACAGGCGGGGGAUGCCCCGCGCUGCCCUGCGUGCCUUGCGGUAUUUCAUCUGCCCCGCCUUUUUCCCGGGUCACGGAGAAGCUCGGUUUGACAUAUGAACCAUCACAUAAUUUAAAUCAUAAAUAAACUUUAACUUACGUAGUGCUGUGUGUAUUGAAAUUUUUAAAAUAUUACAAUAAUAACAUUAGUACUUACAUUAAGUAUGUAUGUACGCUUACUUUGUUUGUAUAUCUAUGUCUGUGUUGUCUCAACUUAAAGUAUUUAGAAGGUUACUAGAAAAGCUUAGGACAGCUAUGGACAACUUCUUGCAAUACAACGCUUGUAGUGUUGUAUUGCAAGAAGUUGUUCUUCGAUAUCUUAGUUCAUAUACAUGACAUUUUGAUCAUUUUGCAUGCAUAAGUAUAUAUUCCAAUAAAAAUAAUAUAUUCAAAUACCACAUAAAAACGACUGAACAUCGAUUUCACUUCGAUUUGACUUCCCUCUUAUUUAUACUUCUAUUUCGUUUCCAUCCCUAUAGAAUAACGGUAUUUCACCAUAAAAAAUGACAUUUGAAAUCACUUAAGUUACCUACGAAGCCGUUAGUUACUAGUUCAAAAAACUAAUCUAGUGUAAUAAAAUAAUAAGGUACUUAUAGUACCGUGUGAGGUAUUGACAAGGGCACUUUUAUUUGUAAUAUUUGUCUGCCUAUCAGUGUUGUUUAGUAUUUAAUGGUUGUUUUUUUUUUAUUAUUGCUGUCAAAUUAUAUAAUAAUUUUAAUGGUACGGUGUUUUUAAGUAAAAAUAAUUUGUGAUAAAUUAUUAAAUAAGUGUAACUGAUGUAAGCACUAAUUACAAUGCUUAUUAAAAGUACAAGUUUUUCAUACAAAAUAAUCUCGGUAUCGAAUAUUGCAACUCUGUAAUUUUUACCUGAUGAUAUUAUGUUAAGUUUUUUUUUUUAAAUAUAUAAUGUUCAAUAAAUAGUACAAU